CAACCAACUCUCCAAACCUAUCAGAUAAUACGUGCCACUUUGAGGAUGAGAAGAUCUGUGGCUACACACAGGACCGGGCAGACAACUUUGACUGGACUCGACAGAAUGCCCUCACCCAGAACCCCAAACGCUCCCCCAACACCGGCCCCCCCACUGACAUAAGUGGGACUCCAGAGGGUUAUUACAUGUUUAUUGAGACAUCCAGGCCUCGGGAACUGGGGGACCGGGCAAGGCUAGUGAGCCCACUGUACAAUAUCAGUGCUAAGCUCUACUGUGUCUCCUUCUUCUACCAUAUGUACGGGAAGCACAUUGGUUCCCUCAAUCUGCUGGUGCGAUCUCGGAACAAGGGGGCUCUGGAGACCCAUGCAUGGUCCCUGAGUGGUAAUAGGGGUAAUUCCUGGCAGCAGGCUCAUGUUCCCAUCAACCCCAGUGGGCCUUUCCAGAUUAUCUUUGAGGGGGUUCGAGGCUCAGGCUAUUUGGGGGACAUUGCCAUUGAUGACGUCAGCCUGAAGAAGGGAGAGUGUCCUAGGAAACAAGUGGACCCCAAUAAAGGUUUGGGGCUGUGAGGGGGAAGAGGUCUAAGGGGGAAGUUAUGAAAGUCUGAUGAAAUUGUAUUCAAAUU